AUGCCAAAAAAUAAGCAACGCGUAUCCGUUGAUACCAGUAAGAUUAAAUUUGUUGAGAACUCCGGGUCGGAAGAUUUAGAAAAUGAGGAUGAAGAUAAUAGCGAUGUUGGAAAUGUUAGCUCCAGCGACGACAUCCUGAGUGACGACGGGCAUGAGGAAUCCUCGCGCAGAGCAAAAGGAAAAAAAAAUAUAUCAGCCCAUGAGGAUGAUGAUGAGGAAGGGGACGAUGAAGAUGAUGAUGUAGACGACGAUGAGGAGGACGAGGACCAGGGCGAGCGCGAUGACGAAUUCGUUCGCGUUCCAUGGAAAAAGGAUAAACAGAAUUACUACCAAUACGAAAGCGAAGACUCAACGAGUGAUGAUGAAGAAGGCAAUAAGGAAAGAAUCAAAGAAGCCAUGUACCUCAGCAGAAAGGAAAAGGAAAAUUUAAAAGAAGAAGACUUCGAUUUGUAUGACAUGUACAAUGAAGACAAAGAGGGCAAGUUGGGAAAAGGGGCAAAAGAAUUGUACACCGCCCAUGAGAAGGAAAGUAUUAUUAAAAAGCUAAUCAGCGAUAUGAACGCUGAUAUGAGGGAAAAAAAAAAAAAAGUGGCUGAAGAAAAUGGUGAUGGAGAAAAUGACCAAGAGGAACAGAUGAAAGAAGAUGAUCAAAUAGAUCAUAUGGUAAUGAGCGAGCGAGAGGAAUACAAAAUUUUGUUAAAAGAACUGUCACUGAACAUCCAAAAGGUGUACAACGAAAUUAAGGAAAACAAAAGACUUUUCCAAUUUAAGGAAAUUAAUGAACACAAUGUUAAUCAAGCAGAUAUCAAUAAGAACACCCUCCUGUACCUUAAAAAGAAAAACGAAACGAUGCUAACCUAUAUCAUAUACAUCACGUACUACGUCUUUCUUAAAAUUAUGAAUGCCUAUACGCACAACCAUCCCGUGUUGGAUAAGCUAAUUUACAUGAACACCAUAAUUGCCAAGACGAAUGAGCUCGAUAAUAAAAUUAAGUUCAAGAUUCAGCAGCUGAACAAGUCGUCCUCGGGUCGCCAGCUGGGCGAGUUGGACGCGUCGGGAAGCGAAGAGGCAGAAGCGCCCAAGCGGGCCGGCCGACGCAGCCACGCGGGGGAUGAAGUGGACGAGGAUGACGAGGAGGAAGAUGAUGAAGAUGAGGAAGAAGUGGAUGAUGACGAGGAAGAAGACGAUGAAGAAGCGGAGGAGGAGGACCAAGUGACGGACUCCGCAGAGGAAUCCCAAGCGGGCAAGGGCAAAAAGUACAAAAUCAGCAAAAACCUCAUAACCGAGUACACAGACAGCCAUAUCCGGGAAAGGGAAAGAGAGGAAAAGAAAAAAAAAAGAGAAAAAAUGAAAAAUGAAAGAAACAUAUUCCUGAAGGAAAUAAAAGACAUGGUGUCCACAAGACCAGAAAAAAUAGAAGAAGAAAAUUACUUUAAAAAAAUGGAAGAAAAAUUAAUGAAGUUUGACGAAAAAAUCUUGAAGAAAAAAAUCAAAGCCUUGAGCAAAAAAAAACACAAAAUGAGCAACUUGAAAAACGUGGGAAUGACCUCAAAUGAUUUGCUAAAGUUUGUGGAGCUGCCAGAGAUGAAUGAUGAAGCGGAUAGGAAGAACAACAUGGACGAAACAAAAAUGUUUAAGAAUAACAUUAACAAAAUGAAGCAAAUGAAGUAUAUGAAAGGAGCAAACAACGCCAAUGAUGAUUUUGUUUCCUUUAAGAAAUUUGAAAAAAACAAAAAAUGGAACAGCUCGCAUGAGAGGGAAGAGCUUGGUAAAUCUACUCAUUUUAUGAGCACCAAAAAUUUACAAAACGAAAUAGACGACGAAAAUAUUAAAAAUAUGUUAAGCAUGAAAAAGAAGAAAAAGGAAGAAAAAAAAUUCCUCAAGGAUCAGAAGAACAAAGAAAUAAGAAAAAAAUUAGUUGAUGAAGAAAACGAAAUUUACGACAGAAGAAUGCCGAACAAAAAUAUUUUACAAAAUAGAGGUCUCGUAAGAAAGAGAAAAUCAACCGAUGGAAAUGCAAGGGUUCACAAUAAACAAAAGUAUAUUAAAAAAAUGAAAAUGUACAGCGGCCAACACGCCAAAUUAAAGGUCCAUGAAAAUAACUAUUCAGGAGAAAAGAGGGGAAUAAAUCCCUACCUGAAAAAGUCCAUAGAUAUCAAGUGA